ACAAUGGCUCCCAAAAAGAAGUCACCACGACCUAAGAAGUCCAUUCCUGAAUUGACAACAGUUGAGAGUGGAGUGGUUGUCCCAGAGCCGGGUGUUAAAAAGCUGGAGCUUCCUCUUAAUAUUGAGCAGCUGAACCGGCUCAAUGGGGUGCCUCUGCCACCCCCUGUGAUCCGACCAGGGGAGAAGGGUUUUGGUCUGGGCACUGAGCUCACUCGCCCCCUGCAUGGAUCCGCUAUGCUGGAAGAGCUGAGCCGCAUGAGACAGGAACGAUUCCUCACUGACAUGGAAUUGGCCUGCAAAACCAAGGCGUUUGAUGUUCACAAACUGGUCAUUUCCUCAGUCAGCCAGUAUCUUCGUGAAGUCCUGGCUAAAGACCCCGGACUCAAACGACUGGAGCUUCCUACCCUCUCACCUCUCGGACUUGCCAAUGUGAUUACAUUUGCUUACCUGGGCCGUGUGCACAUGUCCCUGUACACCAUUGCCUGCACUGUGUCUGCGGCGAGCACAAUGCAGAUCCCUCAUCUUCUCCAGAUGUGCAUGGACUUCAUGAUGUCCGAGCUGAACGCUCACACUUGUGUGUACAUAUGGAACAUCGGCGCUGCAUAUGGCCUGACUCCCGUUCGUGAGGCCUCCCGGCGCUACAUCCUGGAGAAUUUUGCCCAGUUUUGUGAGACAACCCAGUUCAACCAACUCACCCUGGAGCAGAUCACAUCUUUCCUGCAAGACGACAACCUAGCUCUUCCCUCUGAGGUCACCACCUUCCAGAUGGCAAUGAAGUGGUUAGACUUUGACCCAAAGAGGCAGGAACAUGCUGCAGAACUGCUAUCUCACGUGCGCUUCGAGACCAUCCCUGCCAACGAGCUGGUUAGUGAGAUCCAGCCAGUGGCACGUAUGAUGUUAGAUCCUCGGUGUCACCGUCUUCUGGUGGAUGCCAUGAACUACCAUUUGCUGCCUUACCAGCAAAACACACUGCAGUCACGGCGCUCAAAGGUCCGGGGAAGCCAGAACGCUCUUCUAACCAUUGGGGGUCGCCCUUCUCUAACUGAGCGUGCCCUAAGCCGAGAGGUGCUGUGGAGAGAUCCUCGAGAGGGAACAGCUGCAUGGCGUCAUCUUACUCAGCUACCAGCAAAGAGCUUCAACCAGUGUGUGGCUGUGAUGGAUGGAUUCCUGUAUGUGGCAGGAGGAGAAGAUCAGAAUGAUGCCCGAAACCAGGCUAAACAUGCUGUUGGCACUCUUAGCAGGUAUGAUCCACGCUUCAACACCUGGCUGCAUCUGACCAGCAUGCGCCAACGACGUACACAUUUCAGUUUGGUGGCGACUGGUGGAAGGCUGUAUGCAAUUGGUGGCCGCAACACUGAUGGCCUCUUGGCCACCAUUGAGAGCUACCAACCCUCUACCAACACUUGGCAGCUCCGUACUCCAAUGGAUAUGCCAAGAUGCUGCCAUGCCAGUGCAGUCCUACCAUCGGGAGACAUCUUGGUGACUGGCGGCUAUGUCAACUGUGCUUACUCUCGCUCGGUCCUCCAUUAUAGCAUUGACAGCGACACUUGGAGCGAGCAGCAAGAGUUGGAAACACCUCGUGGCUGGCACUGCUCUGCAACACUAGGUGGCAAGGUGUACGUGGUAGGUGGUAGCCAGCUGGGUCCCGGUGGAGUCCGCAUUGAUGUGAUGACCAUGGAAGUCUUCUCCCCCGAGAGCAAGGAAUGGACAAGAGCUGCCACCCUUCCCCUAGGAGUGAGCACAGCUGGCAUGUCCCCACUUGGAAAUCACCUGUACCUGCUGGGUGGGUGGAAUGAAGCAGAGAAACGUUACAAGUCAGCAGUCCAGCGCUAUGACCCAGGCACUGACAGCUGGUCAGCAGUGGAAGACCUGCCGGAACCCACAGUGGGAGUGUCCUGCUGUGCCCUACCCUUGCCCCCACGCCACGCGUCCCGCAGACACCGGAACACCCCUUCCCAUGAAGAUCAGAGCAGUGUUACACAGCACAACACCGCAUGAGAAAUGAAAGCUGGGGAAAGUCAAGAGCAAGAGAGAGACAGGGUGAAAGGAGAGAUUGUUAGAGUGUAGAAAAGAGGGAGCAAGAGAGAGGAACGUAUAGGUGAAAUGGAAAUUUAGAGAGUAGAAAGUAAAGAGUAACAACAUAAAGGGAAAAGCUAGGACAGAAGUCUUUGAACUCCAAAGAUGCAUUUAGGUACACUAAGUUUAAAGAAAAGGUACUAUCUAGGGCAGGGUUCCUCAAAUCCGGUCCUGGAGGGCCACUGUCCUGCAGAGUUUAGUUCCAGCCCUAAUCUAAGACACUUAAACAAGCUAAUCAUUGGGUGUGUCCCAAUUCAGAGGCUGCAUCCUUCAAAGGCCGAUUGCAUCACCGCGGCACGACGAAGGCUGUCCCAAUUUCGAAGGCUCCUUCAAACGGAUCCUUCGUGGCCUUGCCUACACCAGAAUUCAUUGCGCACCAGUGACAACAGUAUUUUUUUUUUUUUUUUGAGAAAUUGCCAAAUUAUACUUUUAAACGCAAGUAUUGGGUUUCAGCUUACCCAAAAAUAUUUCAUGAUACAAAUGUAAAAAUAAAAAAACCUUUACAUUGGUUCAAAUGUUGACUUAAAUCUUACUAAGAUGUGAUUAUAUAUAGUUUAUAGUCUUUAUUAUAUGCAGAAAUGUACCAUAGUUAACGUAUUUAGAUGGUUUGUGAACCAUGUUUUGUUUUCGGUUUAAUAUAAAAAAAAAAAAUUAAAAAAAAAGAAGUCCAGUACAAACGUUACAGCAGCUUUUUAAGGCAUGGCCUUUUAAGUUUGGGUCCUCCGAAGGAUGCAGCCUCUGAAUUGGGACAUAGCCAAAGUCUUCAGAAUUUACUAGAAGAUUACAGGUAGGCGAGUUUGAUCAGGGUUUGAGCUAAACUGUAGGACAAUGGCCCUCCAGGGCCGUAUUUGAGGAAACCUGACCUAGGGCCUACUUAUGAAGAAUGUGAAAGGUACAUUUUACAAGAGCCUCAGCAGUGCGAGGAAUUUAGUGAGGUAUCGGUUUUUGAGUUUCUGAGAUUAAACAAGUUUUAGAAAUUGAGCCAUGCAGUUUUAUUGAAAACACCAUUGUGGGAUCAUCAAAAAAAACAUGCUAAAUUCAGUAGUACUGAAUCAAGAAGCACAAGUUUUAUUUAUUUCUCACAUUAUUUAUUGUUUUUUUUUUUUAUUGUAAUCAAGUUUUUCAAUUUUCUCUUUUGUAGUUAUUGGUCUGGCUUUUAAACGUUGUUCAGGGGUAUUUAAGAUUUUUUUUUAUAUGCAAAGAAGCACAGUGCAGAUGUCAAUGCCCCCCAAAGACACAAUUAGGCAUCAGUGCAUUGAUACUGCCCACCAAAGAAUGUGCUUAAUAACACACAUAUUAACUCAAAGUUAAGUCUAUAGACUGGCUAUUGAUAAAAUGUCUCAUGCUUACCAUAUUUCUCAUUUUAACCCAUUGAUAUAAUUCUUGUUUAAAGUGUCAUUUAAAGGGUCUUUACCUAUAUGUGUAGUGGUCACAACAACUAACUACCUAUAAUUGUAUAAAACAAGACCUUCUAAAGAGAACCAGUAAAAAUAUUCAACAAAAAUGUCAAUGAUCGAACAACCAUAGAAAAUAAAGCAUAAUAUGGAAAAUGUAGCAGAUUUAGGAGUCUGAAGUGUGUCUGGUACUAGAUCUCUGGGAUUUAAAAAAAAUAAAGCAAAAUUGAUUAAAAACAAAA